ACUCACCGGCUACAGACUCUCCAGUAGCAGCCGUUACAGCAUCGCCGACAUGAAGAUGGCAAGUAGCAUUGCCCUUCUUGGGCUGGUCCUUGGCUGCCUUUCUGAUCUUGCUGUUGCUCAACGACGGGCCUCCUGCAGCACAUACCUGUCUGGAAUAUCUGGAAAAACCAUGACUAUUGCCUGUCCCCGCAACUAUAGCCCUGUCUGUGGAACCAACGACCGAACCUACCCCAAUGAGUGCUCCCUCUGCAAGGAUUUCGUCCGUAACCGUGCCCUUGACAAGAAACACGAUGGAAGAUGCGUUAAGGUCGACUGUACUGGUCACCUGAAGCCCGGCAAUGGUCUGACCAUCCCCUGCACCCAGGAUUACUCUCCCAUCUGUGGCACCAAUGGUGUUACCUACAGAAACAAGUGCCUCUUCUGUAGAGCUGUGGCGAGCGGACUGGAAGUGAAUCUGCAGAGUUAUGGACAGUGCUACCAGCAGCCACAGUACAUUGACUGCACCCAGCAGAAGGGCAACAACAUCUGCACCUCCGAGUACAACCCCAUUUGCGGUUCCGAUGGCAGAACUUAUGCAAACAAGUGCCUGUUCUGCAGCGCAGUUAACCGCGGCCGUGCAAAUCUGGUCGUCCGCCACCAGGGCGAGUGCUAA